GACAGGACAGACAGACAUCAGACAAAGACAGGACAGAGACAGCCGAGGCUGAGCAAGACGCAUGGGCGAUGAAAGCGAACGCGUGAAGUCGGUGGCUCCGCCGGCGAAGAAGACCGAAGUCAAGAGACGCACUAAACCAGACAGCUUGGCUUGUUUCCUCGUCCUGGCGUGUCCCUGCAGGUCACUCAUAAUAGCACAAUGUCUGCCCUGGCCCCUGGCCCUCCAGCCGCCCGGCCCCCGUCCCUGGACGGUGGGUGGGGCUGGGCAAUCGUGGCGUCGGGCUUCCUGGCUCUGCUGCUGGGGUACGGCUCUCCUCAGUCUGUGGGCGUCCUCUACCCAGAGUGGCUGCUGGCCUUUGGGGAGGGGAAGGCCAUGACGGCUUGGGUGGGCUCACUGGUGGCCGGAGUUGGACUCAUAGUUGGUCCUAUCUGCAGUGUUUGUGUGGUGAAUUUCGGUGCUCGCCCCGUCACCGUCUUCAGCGGUGUGAUGGUUGCGGGGGGGUUGAUGCUCAGCUCCUUUGCUCCCAACAUCCCCUUCCUCAUCUUCUCCUAUGGCAUCGUGGUCGGUGUCGGUGUCGGUCUGUUGUACACUGCCACUCUCACCAUCACCUGUCAGUACUUUGACAAGAAGAGAGGUCUGGCUCUGGGAAUAGUGAGCACAGGUACAAGUGUGGGCGGUUUCCUGUACGCCACACUGCAGAGCCAGCUCAUUGAGCUGUUGGGUUUGGAUGGCUGUCUGCUCAUCAUCGGAGCGUUGGCGCUGAACGUGGUGGCGUGUGCCGGCCCCAUGCGACCUUUAACCCCGCCUAGAUACUACCUCAAGCAGCGAGCAGCCAUAUUAGAGCAGCGGCUUCAGGAGGAGGAGGAGCUGUACAAUCAAAAGCCUUCAGCCAAAGAUCAGGUCACCACCAAAACCAAGGAGCCGCUGGUCAGGAGGAGGAGUUUGUUCAGCUGUUCAGCCUUCAUCAAGAUGAUCAAGGUCAAGAUGAGACAAUAUACCCAGAGUUUGUCCUCCAUGUUGUCUCUCCUUCGGGACAGAGUCCUCAUGGCCUUGUGCAUCUCUCUCUUCUUCUUCAGCCUCGGUAACUUCCCCCCUCAGCUCUUCCUGGAGGACCUAGCUCAGAGCUCCGGGCUGACGGAGGGUGUCGCCUCCAUCUCCUUGGUAUCCCUCAUCUUAAUUGGGGGCGUUGUGGGUAAACUGGGUCUGGGUGUCAUCGCCGAUGUGCCGCGGGUCGACAGCGUCCUCCUGUACGCCCUGACGGUUGGAGUGAGCGGGCUGUCAGUGCUGCUCAUCCCCCUCACCAGUUCGUACCUGGACCUCCAGGUGCUGUCGGUGGUCCUGGGCUUCCUGAGCGGGAACUGGACUCUGACUCCGUACGUCAUCAGUCAGGUGGUCGGCGCGGAAAAGCUCGCCGAGGCUCAUGGGAUCCUCAUGUUCUUUGGAGGCGUCGGUAUCACACUGGGUCCUCCUGUCAUAGGUUGUUUCUACGACUUCUGUCAGUCAUACGACGUCGCCUUCUUCAUCAGCGGGGGCGGCAUGAUGGUCGGCAGCACGUUCCUCUUCCUCGCCGCCCUCCUGCAGCAACCACCACCAAAAACCCCUCCCCCUCCUGCGAUGGCCCCUGAGACCGAGCUCAUCGGCUGUACGGUUACCAUGGAAACAGACACUACCUCACCUGUCACCUGACAGACCAAACAAAUUCUGGAUCCAAACGAAGAUUUUCAAGUUUAAAAUCUGAAUCCUGGUUCUGAAUGAAGACUUUGCACUCGACGUUUUACGACAAGGGUUGACGUUAGUCAAAUCAAACUUUAUUUUUCUAUACGCUUUUAAAACGAGCUUUUAAACACACAAAGUGUCAGACUCGACGAAAUGUCGGACGAGUAGUUGGUUGAUCACAGACCCUCACACGGAGUUUGAUUUGUCUCCUCAGUGGACAUAGGUUUCUAGGAGAUUUGUUCCUAAUUCCAGGUCAUUAAUUGAUGUCACAACCUCAAUUUAGAUACAUUUUUAAACACUCCGUUCAGAUCAGUUUACAGUAAAUGAAAACAGUUGAAGAACCUCACAAAUAAAGCUCUGUGUCUGUACAAAACCUUCCUGUGACCCCAGACUGUCCAUGGAGGUAGAGAAGUGCCAAAUGAGAAGAAGUAAGAGGCUUUUAAAAUGAUGUCUUCAUCAUGUUGUCUCCUGUGGACAGACUCUCUCUGUGUUGGACUCUGGUUGAUCAUAAUUCUCAGGUUUUUAAGUUUUACACCUUCGAUACAGUCUCACUGUGAGCUGACUGAACAUCAGGACUGAGAUCGACAAAUAUCAAAAUAUUAAAAUGUUGUUUGAUGGGACAUAAAGAAAGAAAAACAACAGAGAAAAGGGUUCGAAAAGAAAAAGAAAAAAAAACCAGCUGAAGUUAAAACGUGCACAUGGUGGGAACAUUAUCGGCUGAUUCCACUAUUUUUAAAUCGGACUACUUCUGGAUGAAGAAACAAUAAGUCAGCAAUGAAAGAUUUCUUCAUGUGAGUUUUAAUCUCAACAGUCUUGAAACAACAUUUAGACCUUCACGUUGGGAAAUAAAACGGUUAUUUAACAGGUUCAUAGUACUAUAGCAUAGAUAUUUUCUAAUAAAACCACUAGAAUAUUAGUGUCUUCAUGAACACAGUUGAUGUUACUGUUGUUUUUAGAUAAUUUUCUGCUUUUGAAAAAGCUCUGAAGUUUUCAGAGGAACCACAAACAUCUCACUGAUGUGAAGCUUGAAUUUACAAAAAACUGGUAGGACCUGAAUGCAGCAGACGUCUCGGUAUUCAGAUUUAUAUUCAGUUAGUUUAGAAUUUGAUUAUUAUUGUUUUUGAUAUUUUUUUGCAUUUUUAAGUUUGAAUUUUACUAAGGAAAUGUUUUGUUUUUUUUAUCGGACGGGUUUUUAUGAUUUCGGUUUGUUUAUGCCUUAUUGUUCUUAUUAUUCUGCAUUUUAUUUGUUCAUUUUGAUGUUUUUUGAAGACUAUGUUAUAUCAAUGUUCAAUGUUCAUAUCAAAGAAAAAGAAGAUGGGAGUGCACUUUAAAUCCAACCCACAUGACACAUCCUUUCGUUUGUUUACAGGGUAAAAAAAAGGAGCUUUUAAGCAUCAUGGAGGAUUUUUUUUUUGGAAAGAGCUCCAUGGGCUGAAGGGACAAAAUUUUCAUAAAUAAAGAAAAUAAACUGGACAAAAAGACUUUUUGGUUCCUAAUAUAAGUGGAAUUAUACAGCACAGAGGGAAAGAUUAGUCUAUAAGAUUUGUCAGAGGAUGAUCGAAGAGGGUGUGGCGGGACGUGAAAUGCUAAAGAAUCAGUAGUAUAAACUGGUCCCGGGUCCUAUAUUUACAGAGGUUUAUACAUCAGUAGAGAAACUUUAAAAUCUUGUUGGUUUUAGGUAAUUUGGUGGCAGAGCUCUGA